GCUUAGGCCACUGAUAUUUGCGGGUUCUGGAGAAACGACGGUGUCCAGAUCAUAAAGUUGGACAUCUAUUCUGAACACGAGGACAGUCGUCGACUCUGUGCUAAUUUUGCUGCCAAUCCAUCCUGUUGCAGCUGUUCGUCUUUGCUGUAUGACUUCUUAGCUUCUCUUCGUUCCGACAUACCUCCCCUCCUCGCGCGUCGUCGACCGGCCCCUUAUCGUCAUGGUGCGCCUCAGGGAAAUCCCGCGGACUGCGGCCUUCGCGUGGUCCCCUGAUGCUACUGCGCCUUGGAUCGCGACAGGAACAAAGUCAGGAGCUGUCGAUGUCGAUUUCAGCAAUGAGACGUGUCUAGAACUCUGGGAUCUUGCUUUGGACAAUACUCAACAAAGUCAAGAGUUGCAGCCUUCCGCGACUCUGCCCACGGAAACUGGCUUCCAUGAUCUCGCUUGGACGCCUGCACAGGAUGGCCACAAGCGAGGGAUCAUCGCCGGAGCCUUCGACGAUGGAACAUUGGGCUUGUGGGACGCGGACAAGGCCUUGACGAGCCCGACCGAGGCGUCAAUAUUCAAAAAGAAGAUUCAUAGCGGAGCAAUCAAGGCAUUACAGUUUAAUCCGAAAAUACAGAACUUCCUGGCCACUGGUGGCGCCAAUGGGGAGCUGUUUAUUUCGGAUUUGAACCACCUCGACGCGCCCAUACGCCUCGGGAGCACCGCGGCUCGCGCAGAUGACAUCGACUGCUUAGACUGGAACAAAAAGGUGUCGAACAUAUUGGUCACCGGUAGCAGUGGAGGUUUCGUUACAGUGUGGGACAUGAAAACGAGGAAAGAGAGCUUGACGCUCAACAACUACCAGCGCAAACCAGCUAGCGCUAUUGCCUGGGAUCCGGAGAAACCUACACGUCUGAUCACCGCUGUGCCGCUCGAGCAGGAGCCGGUCAUACUGGUGUGGGAUCUGAGAAACUCCAAUGCCCCCGAGAAGAUACUACGUGGACACGACUCCGGAGUGCUUUCGGUUUCGUGGUGCCCUCAAGAUCACGACCUUCUACUGUCAUGUGGCAAGGACAACAGGACAAUACUGUGGAAUCCUCAAUCUGGACAGGCUUACGGGGAGUAUCCCGUGGUGACCAACUGGACUUUCCAAACGAGAUUCAACCCCCACAACCCCAACUUCUUCGCAACAGCCUCGUUCGAUGGGAAGCUGCAGGUCCAGACCCUUCAGAACACUAACCCGAGCAGCGCCGAAACAGACCAAAACCAAGCCAUGGAUGGUGAAGAUUUCUUCUCCAAAGCUCAGACCCAACCUCAGACGUCAUCGUUCUCACUUCCCAAGGCUCCGAAGUGGCUUGAACGACCUGCAUCUGUGUCGUUCGGGUUUGGAGGACGGAUCAUUAGCGUCCGACUAGCUGAGCCUGGAAAGUCGAGGGCCUCCAAGGUCAGCAUCAGCAAAUUUGAAGUCGACUCCAGUGUUGGAAACGCCACUGAAACUUUCGAAAAAGCGAUCCAGUCAGGAGACCUUAAAUCGUUGUGCGAGGAGAGAGUGUCCUCCGCAAAGUCAGACGAAGAAAAAGCUGAUUGGACGGUCAUCGAGACCUUGGUUUCCAGCAAUCCCAGGUCGGAGCUUGUGAAAUAUUUGGGGUUUGAAGACACUGUCGAGGACACAACUAACGGCCUGAAGCAACUUGACAUCAGUGAAAACAAGACGGAUGAGAACAAAGCGGAAUCCAACGGCUCAUCCAAAUCUCAUAAACGUUUCCAAUCUAUCUUUGCAAGUUCGGCCGAUGGUGACUUCCUGUCGGAGCUUGCGGCUACCAAAGGCACCAGGACUAACAAUCCAUUCCAAAUCUACACCGGUUCCGAAUCAGAAGCCGACAAGAAGAUCACGCGAGCCCUGGUCCUGGGCCAAUUCGAGAAAGCUCUGGACGUCUGCCUCCAAGAGGAUAGGAUCUCCGAUGCCUUCAUGAUCGCGAUAUGUGGGGGUGAAAGUUGUAUCAAAAAGGCACAAGAAGCUUACUUCGCUAAGCAAUCGGGUGGACCCAACUAUCUCCGCCUUCUCGCAUCGGUGGUGGGUAAGAACCUGUGGGAUAUCGUGCACAACGCAGAUCUUGCCAACUGGAAGGAAGUCAUGGCUACAUUGUGCACUUUCGCCGAUGAAAAGGAGUUCCCUGACCUAUGUGAAGCUCUUGGAGACAGGAUCGAAGAGCAGCUCAACAACUCCACGGCUGUAAGCCGCAAGGAAGCCUCACUAUGCUACCUGGCUGGUUCCAAGCUCGAGAAAGUUGUCAACAUCUGGAUUCAGGAGCUGAAAGAGCACGAAGAGGCUGGGGCAACCGAGGCUGAUGCAUCGUCGGUUUUCUCCUUGCAUGCUCACGCCUUGCAAGAUUUCAUCGAAAAGGUCACCAUCUUCCGAAAAGUCGUCAACUUCCAGGACGAUGAGCUUUCCAAAACCGGAGACUGGAAGUUGGAGGCCCUCUACAGCAAGUAUCUGGAAUACGCAGAUAUCGUGGCAGGAUCUGGACAACUCGACGUUGCUCAGAAAUACCUUGACUUGCUGCCAGCUAACUAUCCAGGAGCUGACAUUGCAAGAAGCCGGAUUCAACAGGCCAGAAAGAAGACUGUUGCCACGGCUCCUGCUGCCCAGGCCACUUCGGCCACUUCAAGGAAUAAGCCCCUGCCAGGGGCCAACUUGUACCAACCUCCAGCUUCCUUCACUCCUGCUGCUCCUACUGCUCCUACUGCCCCUACUGCUCCUGUUAGCUAUGCGCAGGUUCCUGCACAGCCUGCGAAUCCCUACGCACCGCCAACAGCUGCUCCGGCGAAUCCUUAUGCUCCUGUUGGCGGAUAUCAGCCACCUCAGCAGAUGCGGGUGCCUCCGAGCAGCACACAGCCUUACGGCGUGCCACAGGCAACUGUAAUCCCACCUCCACCGCGAUACAACCAGUCUCCCGCAAUCCCUCCACCUUCUCAAGAUAAGAGCAUGUCUAAUUGGAACGAUAUUCCGGAAGGCUUUGUCAAACCUCCAACUUCAAGAAGGAAUACGCCCAGCAUCCCUCCUCAGCAGAUGCAGAACCCAUUCAGUCCGCCGCCUGUCGCUCAGCAACCAGCUCCUCCAGCUGCGCCGCCGUUCGGCGCCAGGCAAAGAGCUUCGCCUGUUCCUCCCCCUCCAAAAGGCUCAGCUCCGCCUCGCGUGAAGUCUCCUCCUGCUAGCGGGUCAUCAUAUCAACCCAUCGAACGGCCCGGAUCAGCAGCUAGCAAUGCAUAUGCGCCGCAGCCGUCCAGUGUGACUUCACCGGCUCUUGGGCAGAAUGUGAUGUCUCCGCCCAUUCCGAGAGGGCCGUCGCCAUACAACGCACCGCCUUCGAAUGCACCCUCCGCCCCGAGUCGAUAUGCUCCUGCGCCGGGUUCCCAGCCCACCAGCGCCCCCUCAGCACGUCCUUCUGUAGCACCUCCUCCACAGCAGUCUUCCUUCCAACCUGCACCACCCCCAGCCAACCCUUAUGCACCAUCUCAGUCGCCACAGCAAUCUCGACCAAACCCUUACGGUGCGCCUCCAACCGCGCAGGCGCCACAGCCGGCGGCAGCACCUCCAAUGCCAACACCGUCACAACAAUUUAUCUCUGCCCCGUCGCCGAGCAUAGGCCCGCCUCAACAAACACCCGCAAGACCCGACACUGCUGGUUCUGACAAGAGAUCUGCGCCCCCUCCGGCGCGAAAGCAUCCCAAAGGUGACCGCACCCACAUUCCGCCAUCUGCGCAACCAAUCUACCAGAUUCUCUCGGCGGAAAUGGCUCGGGUAAAGGCGCGUGCUCCGGCCUCAUUCAAGCCGCAGGUUCUUGAUACCGAAAAGCGGCUUGACAUCCUGUUUGACCACUUGAACAACGAAGACCUGUUGAAGCCGGACACAGUGGAGCAGAUCAACGAGUUGGCCAACGCAUUGCAGAACCGAGAUUUCGAGCGAGCUAGCGAGAUACAGAUGGAUGUGCAUACGAACAAAGUCGAAGAAUGCGGGCAUUGGAUGGUCGGAGUGAAGAGGCUGGUGGGAAUGUGUAGAGCAACACCCUGAGAAUAAGCACGGAAAACCACCUUUGCGGCCUCUGAUGUGAGCGCACUUGUGAACGUGCCGACUUUGGUCAAUGAGAUAACUACCAGCUGUAUGCAUUGACGACUUACGACGCAUCGGGCCAGAGGAUGUUGGAAUUGGUACGAUGAAGAGAAGAAAUGUCUGCUGCGGUUCAAAUCAGUAGGCACGCAUAAUUAAGGUAUGCGAAAUGAAACCAAAGAUAGAAAACUUGAAGAGAACUUGAAGUCUUGAGAACGAUCCAUCAGCCUUGACAGUAUACUGGUACACUUGUUAUGUUAUACUAUCCAAAUGCAGCCAUUAGACUAUCAAUCAUAUCACUGCGAUGCCCAUGUCAGCAACGCCGCAAUGCAGGUCGUCGCAGAUGGAAAAGCAAAGAACCACUCGGGGACAAUACAGUAGAUAUGUAGAUAUAUACACCUAGG